GACGGCGACUCGGGCGCACCGCUUGGCUGUGGGCGGCGAGGCUGUUGCAGCCGGGUCGGGAUGGGGUUGUGCCUUCCCUGCCUGGGGGGAGCCGCCGACCAUGUGGUGGAGACGCCGGACCCAGAAAUUAGAAGGCAGCAACUUGCAGAAGCAGCAGAAAAAAGACAAAUGGAGGCUGCAUCUCGUGGAAUUAAGAAUCUCCCUUCUGUGGAACAAAAGAAACGAAAACAAGAAGAAAUGGAGAAACGCCUUGAAUCUGGAAGCCACGGACCAGAAGGAGGCACUCUAAAGUGGCAAGUUGGAUAACUUACUGAGCCGCUCCUGAAUGAAGAAGGGUGAAACUUUGUCCUGCCAAUAACUUGCCGGUUGCUGCAGCUGAAUUAAACUUGUUAAUUGUUUGGCUUUUGCUGUUUGCCUCUGAAGAUGCAGCAGUAUUUGGCCAUUGUAGCAGGGUAGAUGACAUACGUGCACUAAGGAUAAAACAAAACUUCACAAUACCCAGCAAAGAUGCCCCAAACCAAUCACUUCCUAGUUGUGCUGCCAUAUUGUGUAACUUUGCAUGUCUAAAUGUACUGGAGGGGUGAAUUGUGGGAGUUGCUUGUGUAAACAGAUGACAUUUUCAUGCCUUUGUGAUCAUAGGGAACAAUUCUGCUUUCUAAAAUGCCCCUUGUUACACUUGUUCCCAUCUCACCUCAUGUUACACUUGUAUGAUUCAGUUCAAUUCAGCCCAGAAUCCUUGAAUCCCUUAUACUGGAUUAAAUGGUUGAAACCAACAGGCUUAUUUUAAGAGUAAGAACUUCAGAAUCAAAAGCUUUAGUGCCUUCUGCUGGUUACACAUUUAACUGCUACAUUGCCAUAAGGUGAAAAACCCCCACCUUGUGUCUUAGUUUUACACAUGUUAUGCCUAUGUGCAGGGUUUACUAAAGUACAGGCCAAAAUACAGGACUCUUUUAUUUUUUUUUAACAAGUGAAAGAAUUUCACAUACAGGUGUUCUGCUUUACCACUUGGGUGUGUAGUUUGGAAGAAAACUAGAAGCUACGUGAUCCUGCUACUUUGUGAUGGCAUUUCUUCAUAAAAAUUAGCUUGAUAACCCUCGGAAACUGGUUCAAGGACCUUAUUCUGCAGAUAUGUCCAGUGUAAAAAUAUGUUUAAAAUGUCAUUCAUAUUAACAUACUGGGCUAAAUAUAAAUAUAUUUAUGUGAUUAAUCUCCCAUAGAAGCUGAUCUGGAAGUGAUAUGUUCUCCCUUGAAGCUGAUCUGGAAGUGAUAUGGAAAGAAAGGGUAAAUCUGUUGAACUUCCAAACUAAUACAGGGAAUAUUGAUGCAUUCUGAAUUUUAACCAAGGAGUAAUACUGACUUUUAUGAGAGAAAUGAAGGUGCAGAUUAUCUUGCCUUGUAUCACAAAUAAAGUUGGUUGCUGCUUACUUAUUCCCAACAUUACAGAUUUUGCUUUUUUUAAAAAAGCAUAGAUGUUCCUUUUUUAAAAAAAUGCUUCAGAAAAUAUAUUUAAAAGUGUUGUAUAUAUGGGUAUAUGUAUGAGAGAAUAAAAUCUCCAAAUGAACUAUUUUUUUUUCUGAUUAUUCCCCUUUCUACCCCAGACAACUGUGACAAAAUAAUGACUGUUUGGAAAGAACUUAGCUAAUAAUAAACUUUCCCAUUUAAAAUGUGAUACAAAUCAUUUGGAACUAACAGUAUAGCUUCAAAGUUCCCAAUAUUCUGUUAAGUUAAAUUUCAGUAAAGUAUGUUACCUAACAGAGAUUAUGCUUUCCUUUUUCUUGUUGUUUGUGCACAUAAAUACAGUAUUAAGUGUUUAAAUACUUUUAAUUGGAACGCAGGGACUCGUAUUUUCAUUGCAAUAAAAUAGUAGGAUGGGCAGUGUUUUGGAUUAAAUUUCCAAAAGGUGCUUUGAACACACGGGGUCAUUAGCAUAGUAUCUGCCUGUAGCUCUUUAAAACAGCCACAUCAUUUCCCAGGUUCAUGGGGUAGCUGCAGAGGACAGCUAGGGAUCCUAGGAAUAGAUGUAGCUGCUUUAAAGAUUUGAAGGCAGAUCCUACAUUCACACUCCUGUGCUUGAAUGCACCUUUUCCAAUUUACUUCUGAAGUGUUAGAGUCCCAUAAAAUAAUAGCACUAUUUUAAAUGUUUGACUUUGUUUCAAGUUGCUAGGUUAUGAUAACCUUAUUCAUUUAUUAGCAGUACUGUUUCCCUUGGUUGAGCUAAUAAACCAUUUGGUGCCCACUUUCAUCUUUGCUCCUUGUAGUGUUAUUGCAUUAAUAAAGUAUAAUCUAUUAAAGUCUGAUGAUAAAUGGGCAUUUGUACCAUUUUCUUUUACUGCUUUUGUUAGUAAAAUACCAAUGUACCAAUAACAGAAUUCUUUUUGAAUCAUCUAAAUUUCUUAAUUAUGCAGAGAAUCCCUCAGGAAGAUGGUGCAAACAAUGAUUAAAGUGCUAUUUUGAGAAGA